UCUCCUAAGUUCCUCUUCCUUCAAGCAGAAUCAUUUCCACAGAGAUACAAGAAAUGGCAUCUUUCAACAAAUUAAAAAACGUGCUAAUGCUGGCAUUUGACUGGAUUCUGUACGGUGCUGGUGCUGCAGAUACAUGCCAAGUCACUGUAACACAACCCAGAUUUCAGGAAGCUAACUACUCCAUGAACACUGUGCUCCUAACAUGUGCUUUCUCUGCCUCUGGAUGCUCCCCAUCACAGCUUCAAGUUCUAUGGUUUCGCUUUUUAACUAAUGAACAUGAGGAUUUGUGUACUCCUGAAUGCACAGAUCAUCAGAAGUACAAAGUACAUUUAUCACCAGAAAAUAACAUUUCACUUCAGAUCAAUGAUCUGACUGUAGAUGACAAUGCUGUUUAUAUCUGUGGAAUAGCAUUUUCAGAUUCAAGUUCACCCCAUUCUAAACAAACAGGAGAUGGAACCGUACUAAGGAAAACGGGAGCAGAGAAGCAGCACAGCAAUGGAAAACUCGUGUUCAUCUUCAUGAUCAUCGCCUCAUCCUUACUGUUUCUAUACAGCACUACUGUAUUCACAUUCUUUGUAGUCUACAAGUUAAAACCAAAGCUGCUAAACAAAAGUGGGAAUGAAGACCAAAGAACAGAGAACUGUAAAAUUAGCAGCGGACGAAAAAUUUUUCAAGCAAUUGCCCAAGAACUUCAAAAGCAGAGGAUGAUUUGGAAGAUGAUACUGUUUAUCAGAACAGAUGAGCACGUGCGGCAGUUCAGAUUUGUUCAAUAUUUCUGAAGCAAGUAAAAAGGCAGAUGAAGAAGUUAAGCUUCCUCACAGACUUCGUUUGCUUUAAAGAGAGAGGAGAAAACCUUGCAGGGCAGUGUUCUUCGAGAG